AUGUCAUCGCGUACUCGAGGGAAACGAGCUGCAGCCGCUCCUGCCGAAAUAACAGCAGAAGCGUCUACUUCGAGAUCAACUAGAGGAGGUGGAAAAAGAGCCAAGGCUCAGCCCGAAGAAGACAUAACAUUAGGUGACGAAGAAGCUUUAGCAUUGGGUGAAGCGGAAGAUGAUGAUGAUGAUGCAGAAGAUGGAGAAGAAGAUGAUUAUCAGAAAGCUACGCCCUCAAAAGGAAGGAAAGGGAAAGGUAGAGCUAAGGCUGGUGCGGCUAGCAAAGGAAGAAAUAGAGGGAAGAUUGACAUCGAGCAGGAUCAGGAUGAAGAACAAGAACAAGAGGAGCUUAAGCCUUCGAGACGGUUGAGGAAGAGCGUAAGCUAUAAGGAAGUCCCGGUGGAGGCGCCUGAGGAAGAUGAAGAGGAGGAUGCGGAGGGUGAAGUGGAAGAUGCAGAAGAAGAGGAAGAGGAGGUCAAACCACGUAAAAGACAACCUCCCGUACGAUUAUCAUCACAAACUUCCAAUUCCACACCUCGUAAACGAUCUCGACCCAGUAUCAAAGCUACUCCAUCUGCGAACGCCGUCCCGGCAGCUACAGGUGAAGAAGAGGAUGAAGAUGAGGAUCGUACAGAUACGCCGUACAAGUUUGAAAAGAUCCCCGGUGGGUCAGGUAGAGGAGGGUUCAGUGUGAAAGGUGCUGCUGCUGCUGCGGCUAGGGCGAGAUGGGAUAAAGUGAGACGAGAGAAGAUUGAGCGAGGAGAAGAUCCAGAUGAACCCCGUUCGUCAUCUGCCAGGAAACCAAAGAGGAGGAGAGAACCGUUGGUACCGGAUGCGGAUCAUGUUGAGAUGGGAUCCACGAUGACCAUAAAAGGCCAGGUAUACACAGUAGGAGAUGAUGAGUUGGUCUUGGAUGAAGAUGAGAAAGGGAACACCAAGAUUGAUGUUGAAGGUAGACUACUGGGAGGCCGUGAAUACAAACUCGUCACAUUCACUUCAUCCACCCGACGCAAUCCCGAUAAAUUAUAUACUAUGACCAUCGACGCCGCGAGGGCAUUGGGAUAUACAGAUUCCCUAGCUUUCUUAAGGCGAUAUCCCCAGAUACUCAAGUUGUCCUGUACGGCGGACGAAAGGCAAUUAUUGAUCGACAUCGGUAGGAUAGCUGGUAAUUUGAAACAUCGUCAGGUCACUAUGGUCUCAGUAAGGAACGUAUUCAAGUUGAUGGGUGCUAGAGUGAUAAAAGGUGGUAAAUGGGUGACAGACGAUUACUACGAGACUGAAGCUAUAGAAAGAUGUAAAGAGAUGGGAUACGAGCCAGGUACAUUAGCAGAGAACGAAGAGAUCAAUUCGAGGGAAAAUCAGAUGACUAGAGACUUAGGAUUGGGUGAUUCUAACACCAAUGGUCCAGGAGGCGGAAGAUAUUCAUACAGUCUAACUCCAUUUUACCCAAUUGGUGGGCCUACGACUACGUUCGCUGGUAAUGGUUCAGAUCCGUUCACAGAAGCUGGAUCGGGCAAUAAGAGACAGAAAUUGAAAUCUGCAGGUGUGAAUGAUCAGAAUUGGAUUUACCUCACAUCGAAAGACACUUUGGCGGUUAAUGGACAGUUGAAGGAAUAUAGGAACCAAAGAUUAAAUACAUUGGAUGGGACGGAUUUAGAAGGUAACUGGGUUUAUACCAAUGAAAAGAAUUCUGAUCAGAAGGAAGAACAAGUACAGGAAGAAGAUAAAAAGAUGUUAGCACCGGGAUUGGAUAGGAAGAGAAGUGGAUUGUCUCAUGAUGUCACGAGAGAAUUGACUCAGCAAUUGGAAAAUGAGGUCAUAGAUGGGGAUGUGACGCAAGAGGAUAUAGUGAUGGACGGAAGUAAAGGUAUAGAAGUUUCUAUACCUAUACUUCAGGAACAAGGUCCAGAGAUAGUGAUCAAGGAUCCAAGAGAGGUGGACUCGAAGUAUCAUUGGGGAUUGGGAAGUUGGACGAGAGGUGUAGUCAAAGCUGCUUAUGAGCCACAUACUCAUAUACCUCAUGUGCCACAAUAUACCCAACCGACCACUUCAUCCCCUUACGAGAGGAUAUCAUAUAACCCUGUCAUAUCAUCCUCAUCUACCAAUAACCACAACCUCGUACAAUCCACUUUAUCUGGACCUUCUUCCAGAGGCAUAUCGAGUGUGGAAUAUGUGAUCGAGAAUAAUCAUGAUUAUGAUAAAGAGAGGGAGGAGAGGAUAAGGCUGGUGAGGGAAGCAGAGGAAUGGGAGAAGGCGAUGAGAAGGAGGAGGAAAGGCGUUAGUGUUGGUGUGAAUUAG